GAAUAGUCUGGCAAAAAGCAGAGAAGAAGGAAUGGCUUCCAAACCAGGAAUUCUCACCGACUGGCCAUGGAAGCCUCUGGGGAGCUUCAAGUACGUGAUUUUGGCGCCAUGGAUGGCUCACGGCACAUACCAAUUCAUUGCGAAAGGGCCUGGCGAGAGGGACUUCAGCUACUUCCUUAUACUCCCAUUUCUUCUAGAGAGGAUGCUUCACAAUCAGAUUUGGAUCUCCCUUUCUCGCCACCGAACUGCCAAAGGCAACAACCGGAUCCUCGACAGAGGCAUCGAGUUCGAGCAGGUGGACCGAGAAAGCAACUGGGACGACCAGAUUUUGCUCACUGCAAUUCUAUUAUACAUGACUCACUGGACAAUACCUCAAGCCUCUCACUUGCCAUUUUGGAAAACAGACGGUGUGAUUAUCACCGUUCUGAUUCAUGCCUUGGUCGUGGAAUAUAUCUAUUACUGGCUUCAUCGAGCCCUACACCAUCAUUUUCUCUACUCUCGCUAUCACUCCCACCACCACUCCUCCAUUGUCACCGAGCCCAUCUCAUCCAUAGUUCAUCCUUUCGCGGAACACAUAGCGUAUGCAAUGCUAUUUGCAAUACCCAUGUACACGACGGUGCUCACGAGAACUGCUUCAAUCGCAUCGAUCGUUGCCUACACCACGUACAUUGAUUUCAUGAACAACAUGGGUCACUGCAACUUCGAGCUCAUCCCCAGCAGGCUCUUCACCAUCUUUCCACCUCUCAAGUACUUAAUGUACACUCCAUCGUUUCAUUCGUUGCACCACACACAAUUCCGGACAAACUACUGCCUUUUCAUGCCUAUCUAUGACUACAUAUACGGAACGAUGGAUGAGUCAACAAAUGCCACGUACGAGACGUCUCUUCAAAAAGUGGAAGAUUCGCCAGACGUGGUGCAUCUAACGCACAUGACAACAGUGGAGUCCAUCUAUCAUCUGCGGCUGGGAUCUGCCUCCCUCGCUUCUCGACAUUACUCACCCAAGCGGUACUUGAGGAUCAUGUGGCCACUCACACUCGCCUCGGUGGUGUGGACUUGGACCUACGGCCACUCUUUCGUCUUGGAGAGGAAUGCCUUCAAGAAACUCAAGUUGCAAUCUUGGGUGAUUCCAAGAUACAAUGUCCAUUAUCGAUUACCAUGGCGAACAGAAGCCAUUAAUGCCUUGAUAGAAGAAGCUAUACUGGAUGCUAACCAGAAAGGAGUCAAGGUUCUGACUUUGGGUCUUCUCAAUCAGGGAGAGAAACUGAAUGAGCAUGGUGAAUUGUUUAUUCAAAAGCACAGAGAUUUGAGGACUAAGUUGGUGGAUGGGAGUAGCCUGGCAGUGGCAGUUGUGCUCCGCAGCAUUCCCAAAGGGACAAGCCAAGUUCUCCUCGGAGGCAAUCUUAACAAGCUUGCUUGUGCCAUUGCCCAUGCUUUAUGCGCAACGGGUAUCCAGGUAAAUGUGGCUUCUAAGGACGAGCAUGAGAAGCUCAAAAGGAGUCUUAAUGGAAAGGAAGGAGGCAAUUUGAUUCAUUCAAGAACUUUUUCUCAAAAGAUAUGGUUGGUAGGAGAUGAACUUGCCGAAGAAGAACAGAAAAAGGCACCCAAGGGAACGUUGUUCAUACCCUUUUCUCAAUUCCCUCCAAAGCAAAUCCGCAAAGAUUGUCUUUACCACGGCACUCCAGCGAUGAUCGCUCCCAAGUCGUUCAAUAAUUUGGACUCUUGUGAGAAUUGGUUGCCGAGAAGAGUGAUGAGUGCUUGGCGAGUAGCAGGGAUAGUGCAUGCGUUAGAAGGAUGGAACGUGAACGAGUGCGGAAGCAUGAUGUUCGACAUAGAGAAAGCAUGGGAAGCAAGCCUCCAGCACGGGUUCCGCCCGCUGGUGCUCCGGCCAUGUGAAGCAACAAGGGACUAAAUCGGAAAGUAGUGGCAUGAGGUUUUAGCACUCACUGUGCGCUUGUUGCUUAAUAUUGUACUACGUAAACAUUCUCAUUCCAAAAUAACUCACGUACAAUAAUAAUGUCAGUAAACUAUUCCGAUGUGUUGGCAUCGAUCGACGAGGC